GAACUGCAGGCUGCCUUGGAGCUGCAGGCGGUGCAGAGUAACCAGCUGGCCGUGUCCUUGGAGCACGAGCAAACGGUCAAUGAUAAUCUCCGCAAGGAACUUCAGAUCGAGCACUCCCGCUGUGAAGCAUUGCUAUCCCAGGAACAGACCAAACUGUUGGAGCUACAGAGAAAUUUGGACGCUGAGAAAAAUCAUUCAUUGGAACUCCUGAAUUCUUUGAAUCAUGAACGUGUUUUGACAGAACAGUUGAGCAUGAGAGUGAAAGAAAGUGCUUCUUGUCAGCACAGGGAGUCACUGCUGGAACAAGCCUUUGUUCGAGAGCUCCAAGCCCAGCUGGAAGAAGAGAGGUCUCGAACUGUGGAGUUAACUGAUAUUAUUGAGAAAAUGCACCAGAAGGCCAUCCGUUCCAAAAGGCAGCUAGAGGCCGAAGUACAGAUGUGCUGCGAAGAAACCCAGAAAGAGAGAGAGGUCAGUGACAAAUUGCGAGCUACGCUGGAAUCUCUUCAGGGUCAAAAGCAAGAGGUGAUCCGUUCCUUAGAGACCCAGAAGAAAAGAGAGGCGAAGCUGAAAGCUGACUGGGAACAACUGCAGUUACUCUUCAAGACAAUGAAGGAGAAAGAUAAAAACAAGAAAGAGGCGAGAGAGAGCGAGCGAAGACAGCAGCAACAAACAGAGCUAGAGAAACAGAAGGACUGGCAGAGAGAUCAAGAGAGAUUGCAAAACUUGGAACGGCAACACCAGAGGGAUGAGCAAAGAAUCCAAGAGCUGCAGGAAAUACUGGCAAUAUUAGAAGAAAGAGAAAGAAAUCUCCCGUCUUCAAACCAUCAACAGGAACUGUCGUGUACCUUAAACAGAGAUCGAAAUGCCAAACAGGCCAUGACAAAAGAAAAUGAAAAAUUGCAUUUGCAACAUCAGCAACAACAGCUAGAGAAGAUACGGAAGCAGCUGCUUUUUGUAGCUGUGCACCUGAAUGAGUUAAUAUAUAAAACUGUAGACAAAACAGUUAACGAUUGGUCUGUACCAAAUGAUGAGGCUGUAGCUUCUUUACUGCAGACGUUAAAGGAACUAAAAUCAGAUUUAUUGUCUCCUCCUGCAUCUCAGAUCGGAUCUGCAGAUGAUUCUGACUCUGUUCAAGAACUGGAAAAAGACGCUUGGCAGCGAGAGAGAAACAUGUUGCAGAAUGCACUGAAACAGGCUGAAUCCGAACUGGCUAAAGUGACUGUUGAAAUUGAAAACAGACCAGUGGUAGAAACUUCCAGUCCGAAGUUGCAGAGAUUAUAUAGGAAGUUCCUUAGAGCAGAGAGCUUUAGAAAGGCUCUAGUUUAUCAGAAGAAAUACCUCUUGCUGCUUCUCGGUGGAUUUCAGGACUGUGAGCAAGCAACCCUCUCUCUAAUAGCACGUAUGGGAAUCUACCCUUCACCUGCAGACCUGCAGCUUUCUGGAUCACGUUCCCGUCCUUUUACCAAGUUCAGAUGUGCAGUCAGGGCAAUCAUCGCAGUAUCGAGGUUGAAGUUUUUGGUGAAAAAGUGGAACAAAGUUAACAGAAAGAGCGCAUAUGGUGAAACCAUUUCUCACAGUAUAGGAGGUACUACAGAUUGUAUCCAUCUACAAGUUCAGCUUCAGAAAAGUCAUUUGUGCCUACUCAGGAUCCUGAACGAUCGCUGACGGAAUACAU